AUGUCAUCCGUAUACCCUUUCGAGCUUGGCUUGUACAAGCGCACUGUCUCGACUACCUCCCCCGAAAGCCAAGCCUGGUUCGAUCGUGGACUCAUUUGGGCGUAUGCAUUUAAUCAUGAGGAAUCCGUCUUUUGCUUCGAGCGGGCCGCCAAUUCCGAUCCCAACUGCGCAAUGGCCUACUGGGGUUUGGCAUAUAGCCUGGGGCCAAACUACAACAAGCCCUGGUCGUUCUUUGAUGAUAAGGACCUGGCCGAUGCAGUUGCGCGCGGCCACAAUGCCGCCCGUACAGCCAUGGAUAAGAUGUUGGCCUGCACUCCCGUGGAACAAGCUCUUAUCAAAGCACUUCAGCACCGUUAUCCACAAGAGAGACCUUCGAAUUGUUCUUCAUGGAACCAAGGGUUUGCUCAUGCAAUGGAAGUGGUGCAUAGAGACUUUCCACACGACUUGGAUGUCAUUACGUUAUAUGCAGACGCUUUGAUGAACUUGAAUCCGUGGAAUCUCUGGGAUCUAAAGACAGGAGAACCUACCCCUGGAGCUCACACAUUGAAGAUCAAAUCGAUAAUCGAUAAUGGCCUGAAGCUCAAUGGUUCUCUGGAGCAUCCCGGCUUACUCCACUUGUAUAUCCAUUUGAUGGAAAUGUCUCCUAGGCCAGAAGAUGCUCUUCCAACGGCCAACCACCUUCGUGGGCUCGUACCUGACGGAGGACAUCUACACCACAUGCCAACUCACUUGGACGUGCUCUGUGGACACUACCAAGCAGCCAUUGACUCCAACUCCGAGGCGAUCAAAGCUGAUGAUAAGUACCUAUCCAAAGCUGGCCCUCUGAACUUUUAUUCUCUGUACCGAUGCCACGAUCUUCAUUUUCGGGUUUAUGCCGCUAUGCUCGCGGGGCAGUACAAAGUUUGCAUUGACACUGCGAGUCAGCUGGAGUCUACUAUCCCAAAGGACCUUCUUCAAAUCCAGUCUCCGCCUAUGGCUGACUGGCUGGAAGCGUUUCUGAGUCUUCGUGCUCACAUCUUGGUCAGGUUUGGAAAGUGGCAGGAUCUGAUUGAUAUGGAGCUACCAGAAGACCAGGACUUAUACUGCAUGACCACGUCGAUCGCCUUGUAUGCGAAGAGUGUAGCUUUUGCUGCUACUGGCAGAGUGUCAGAGUCGGAACACCACAAAGGACUAUUCCACGAGUCCUUAAAGAGAGUUCCAACGUCACGCACUCUUUUCAACAACACCUGUCUGGAUAUCCUCCGAGUGGGUGAAGCGAUGCUCGAUGGGGAACUGGAAUACCGGAGAAAGAAUUAUGAUGUCGCCUUUGAGCACCUUCGCGAGGCUAUCUGUCGCGAGGACAAUCUUCCAUAUGACGAACCGUGGGGGUGGAUGCAGCCUACCCGUCAUGCAUAUGGUGCGUUGCUGAUGGAGCAGGGAUACCUCGAGGAGGCAGUUGAGAUUUACAAGACAGACUUGGGACUCAACGAUACACUCCCUCGAGCUUUGAGGCACCCUAAUAACGUAUGGGCACUGCACGGUCUUCACGAAGGUUUCACAAGAUUGGAGAGAGACAUAGAGGCGAAGGAGAUUGAAGGCCAUCUGCAAAAAGCGCUAGCAGGUACUGAUGUUGUCGUCAAGGCCUCUUGUUAUUGCAGACUGGAAAAAUGA